UAGUUCUGUGUUUCGGACGCGUUUCAGGGUAUUUGGUUUGUCAAGCGGGCACGGCACAACCACACACACACUCGUUUCACUGGUACACUUACAUGUGUACAUACCUAUACACGCGGUAGUGAUUUUGCGCGCGUUUGUAUGCGUGACUCACUCACGCAUAGCAAAGUAUAUAACAAAAACAAAAAACAUACAUACAAAUGUAAAUGAAUUUUAAUUGUGCGGCAGUGCAAAAAUGUAUUUAAAUUUUAUUUAUACAAAACAAUAACGACAACAACAAAAGCAGCACCAAACUCAAAUACAGUGCAACAACAAUUACAACAACCAUUAAAGUGAGAAAAAGCUACAAAUGUAAGCAAAAGCAAAAGUUUUCCAAGCGCUGCACACUACAAAAAUUCUCCAAAAACGUAGCAGAAAAAUUUUAGUGCGCGUUUCAUUGUAAAAAAUUUCGUGAGUGUAGAAAAGAAACACAACACAAAAAGGGAAGCGCAGCACCAGAAACAUAAGAAGAAGAACCACACCAGAAGCAACAAACAACACAGCAAAGCAAAAAAUAAAACCAAAGACAAGGCAGAGAAAAAUGUGCUGGUAGAUGAUGUAAACUUAGUAACUUGUUUUUUCCGUGUGCUUCAAACGCGCGCGCUCUUGUUUUUCGAUUCAUUUUUUCAAAAGACGAAAAACUCAACGCAGAACUCUUUAGCACCAAAUCAGAGCGGCAAAUCUAAUUACAAUAACGCGGACAGGCGGAAUUUUUGUAAUCCUCCCCCCAAAUAAAAAGUAGUAUUUGACCAUGCCGGAAACUGAAUUCGAGUGCGUUAGCAAGGAGUGGCUCCAAUCAAAGCUGCGUGCCGUCAGUGCUGCAGCCAGCACCAGUUACGAUGCCAAGGAGCUCAUUAUUUUGGACUGCCGUGGCUCCCAUGAGUAUAGCGAGUCCCAUAUUCGUAGCGCCGUCAACUUCAGCAUUCCGACUAUAAUGCUGCGCCGAAUCAUUUCCGGAAAGAUCGAUUUGGCGUCCACCAUCAAGUCGACGGAACUGAAGGAACGCAUACAGACGGGCUACAAAGUUAGUCUAUUCAUACUUUACAACGAUGUGGGCGUAGCACCGCCCCAGCAGCAGCAGACGCAGCAUGACGUGGCCGGUGCCUUCGCAAUGUAUGGUAACGGCAAUGACGCCACUAUCAAUGUCCUGCAUCGGCGGCUGAAGCAGGACGGAUGUCGCGUCGUCUCCUUGCAAGAGGGCUUCUCCAGUUUUCGACAAGCAUUUCCGGAGUGGUGCGAGGAUGACAACCAGGUGCACAACAAAGAAAUGGAAUCUAGUCGGAAUGCACAAGCUGAUCAGCUCAUGGGUCUAAGAUCCUUGCGCAUUUCCACACCGCAUUCCGAUUCGGCCUGUAGCAGUUCGGCCGAGUCAUCGGAUUGUGAAAGCACCACACACCAUCAUAAUUUUAACGAAGCGCCAGUUGAGAUAAUACCAGGCCUCUUCCUUGGCAAUUCCUCGCACAGCUGCGACUCGAAUGCUCUGCAAAAGUACAACAUCAAGUACGUUUUAAAUGUCACACCGGACUUACCAAAUGAGUUUGAGAAACACGGCAUAAUCAAGUAUCUGCAAAUACCCAUUACUGAUCACUAUUCCCAAGAUUUGGGCAUGCAUUUCCCAGCUGCCAUACACUUUAUAGAGGAAGCGCGCUCCGCCAAUUCGGCCGUGCUGGUACACUGCCUCGCCGGCGUCUCGCGCUCCGUCACCGUUACGCUCGCCUACCUAAUGCAAACACGAGCGCUCAGCCUGAACGACGCCUUCAAGCUGGUCCACGCCCGCAAGCCCGACAUCUCUCCAAACUUCCACUUCAUGCGGCAACUCGAGUCCUUUGAGAGUCAGUUGCGUCUGAAUCCCAGUCCCAGUGAUUGCAAUAGCCAGGCCAUGGACGAGGGCCACAUCAGCAGUGUUGCUGGAAGCUCGGCAAUUGAGCUAUCCGCUGGGGGCGUUGUCAUCGCCGCUCCCCGCUGCGCUCGUGGCUCAAAGUUUUCGUGCAACUGCAUCGCCCCCGACUGCAAGUGUAUGCAAACUGGCGGCUUUAUGGCGGCCCAUCUGGCCAAGGCCACGGGUGUUUCGCCUGAUUCGGGCAUCGAGUUCGAUCGAUGGACACCGUCGUCGGACACGGGCCUCAAAUGAGAUCAGAUUGUGGGAAAGAGUUUUGUGCUGCCGCCAAGUAGUCAGGAGAUGAUGUCGCCUCCCAUUUUCGUUGCAACUAAUGCGGAUAACAUGUCCCCCGCCUCGACCACUAGUUCGUCCACCUCGACCACAACCACGGCGGAAGCUGUGUCUGUGGUGGAGGUGGUGCUGGCCACAGCAUCUGCAGCUGUGGACUCCACACUAUGUGAGUUGGAAGAGGAAAAGGAUCUGGAUCAGGAGCAAGUGGAUGUCAAAAUAGAAGCGGAGUAGGAGCGACAGUUAGGGCAUGAUAUUUAGUUGGUUGCACAACUCAUUUCCUUCCUGUUUGAUUGCGCACAACAACUACACAAAACACACACACACAUAUAUAAAUCAUAUACAGCUACACGCCCACACAGAAAUAUAAUAUAAUCGAUCCUAAUUUCUAGAUAAUUUUUUAAGUAAGAACACAAAAGAAAAAUGUUGAAAACACUAAUACCGGCUGAAGAGAGUUCAGCGGCAAGAAAAGUUAAAAUUUACUUUGUUGCUGCAAUUCUCAAAAAUAAAAAAAAGCAGCCGUAAUUCACAUGCAUAUAAAAUAACAACCACACACUAAACAAAAAAGGAGAAAAGCAAAUUGUAUAAGCGAUAACAUGUACUUAUUUGUUUAUGCACAUGCUUGUCCCUAACUCUGUACAAAUGAUGUACGUUAAUGGAAACACCCACGUUAUUUAUAAAGUUGAAACUUGAAACCAUUUUAGGCGAAUAGUUUUAUAAUUUAACUACAACUUAAUGUUCAUAAAUGUAUAAUUGUUAUAUGCAAAAACCCAUGCAACUAUAAAUACAAUUUAAACCAAGUCAUACAUAUAUGUAUAAAUGUAAACAAAUGAAGUUGGUGAAACCCGCAAAAAAAAAAACAAAAAAA